AGGCACCCCCUAUACAUAUCCCCUCUAUAUGGAGCCGUUCUCUGUGUGUGUGCAUGUGAAAUUUUUUGGCUCCAGGGCUCCACCUCAGAAUGGUUGGUCAUACCAAAAUCCAGCUCUAAGCAGGCUUUGUGAAGUUAAGGGGGAUAGAAAGGAUGUGGGGCUUCCAAACUUUCUUUCCUGCAGAGCAAGUAACUUGCUGAGUGAGGAAGAAAACAAGAAACUUUUUGGGAAAUGCAAUAACCCCAAUGGACAUGGGCACAACUACAAAGUGGAAGUAACUGUACACGGAGAGAUUGAUCCUACGACUGGGAUGGUGAUCAACCUCACAGAUCUGAAAGACUACAUGGAGGAAGCUAUCAUGGAGCCUCUUGAUCACAAGAAUCUGGAUAAAGAUGUUCCCUACUUUGCUGAAGUUGUAAGCACUACAGAGAAUGUUGCUGUGUACAUCUGGGAAAACCUCCAGAAGCACCUUCCUAAGGGGACUCUUCAUAAAGUCAAAGUGUAUGAAACAGACAAGAACAUUGUUGUUUACAAGGGAGAGGGGACCGUUCUGGAGAAAUGAAGAUGCCUUUGUCUUGAUGCCUUUGAUCUAGUGCUGGUGAAAGAACCCAAUCAACUGGAGGAUUAAUGAGCUUUUAUCUGCUAAGUGUAGCCAUGAGAAAUCUAGAAUGUAUCUUAUUUGUUAAAGAUAUGCUAUAACAGAAAGACAGCAAGGCUUUUGUGAAGGAA